UCUAUUGCCUGAAGAGGGCUGAACGUCCAACUAGCAACAGAGCUGCAGCGGCAGAAACAGUGCUUUGAAUGCAAAUUUGUUUGGAGAGCCAGCCACAAGAUCCCUUGGACCCAUUUGGCGUUGCCUUACAGGAGAGAGAGAAAGAGAGAAUGGAGACUCAACCUUCAGUGAGUGAGGGAACUGGAAGAGGUUGUUCUGUUGUUCAGCCUGGGGACUGCAAGGAGGUCUGGCCAAGAACUGGGCAGAAGGUCCUGGAGAAGGAAACUAUUGUCCCUUCAGAACUUCAAUCCUGGAACUUCAGGAGCGUCCAAUACCAGGCUUCUGAGGAUCCCCGAGGACUUUGCAGCCAACUCCAUGACUUUUGUAGUCGAUGGUUCAAAGCAGAUAAGCGUACCAAAGCCCAGAUGCUGGACCUGGUUGUUUUGGAGCAGUUCCUGGCUCUUCUUCCCCUGAAGAUGGAGAACUGGGUGCGAGAGUGUGGAGUAGAGACUAGCUCCCAGGCGGUGGCCUUGGUGGAAGGCCUUUUCCUGAGCCAGGCAGAGGAGCAGAAGGAGCAGUCUUUCACAAUGGGUAUCAGAUAUCCUGAGGGAAGCAGGAAUCCAUCAAAAUCCACUCAGGAGCUGUUCUUGAGGAGCAUUUCUCUGGAAGAUCCAAGUCAAGAUAUUUUGGGAGGGAAGACUCAAGUGGAGUUGUCUUCUCUUUAUGGUGCAGCUGAAACAGUGGUUGAACCUCCAACUCAAGAGGGUCUUGUGUCCUUCAAGGAGGUGGCUGUGUAUUUCUCUGAGGAGGAGUGGUCUGAGCUGGAUCCGGACCAAAAAGCCCUCCAUUGGGAAGUCAUGAUGGAAAAUUAUAGGAAUGUAGCCUCACUAGAGGAUGAAUGGGAGAUGCUCAGUUCCGGGCAUGAACCAGCAACACCAUUGCCAAAAGAUAAGGUGAAAACUGCAGAGACGUUUUUUGGAAAGCAAAAUUCUGAGGAAAAACGGUUAAAGGGGGAGCUGGGAACGCACCCUACUUUACCUCAUGUAGAUAUCAGUGACUUCUUGGGUAAAGAGGAUCACCCAGAAAAAGAAGGUUGGCCAGAGUGCGGAAAAAUACUCACAGAUGAAUCCGGAUUAUGCGACUGCUGCAGAAGCCACAUGGCAGGGAAACAAAACGAACAUGGAAAACGUCCCAGAAGGACCUUCUCAGUUACUCUACAUCAGAGAAUACAAGGAGAGAAACCGUAUAAAUGCCUAGAGUGUGGGAAAAGCUUCAGGGACUCAAGUUACCUUACUUCCCAUAAAAGAAUCCACACAGGAGAAAAACCCUACGAAUGCAAGGAAUGCAGAAAGAGCUUCCGUUUUGCACAAAGCCUCACAUCCCAUAAUAAGAUCCACACAGGCGAGAAACCCUAUGAAUGUCCCAAGUGCGGAAAGACCUUCAGUCAAAAAUAUCAGUAUACCGUACAUAACCGAAACCACACCGGAGAGAAACCGUAUAAAUGCACAGAUUGUGGGAAACGCUUCACUAAUUCAAGUUGCCUCACUUCCCAUAAAAGGAUCCACACCGGGGAAAAACCAUAUAAGUGCCCGGAAUGUGGAAAGAGUUUCAGAGCUUCAAGUUCUCUUGCUGCCCACAAAAUGAUCCACACCGGCGAGAAGCCCUACGAAUGCAAGAACUGCGCAAAGAGUUUCAGACAAAAAUGUCAAUAUAUUGUACAUAACAGAAUCCACACCGGGGAGAAACCCUAUAAAUGCACGGAGUGUGGAAAGAGCUUCCGCUCAGCAAAACACCUCCCUUCCCAUAAAAGGAUCCACACCGGGGAGAAACCGUUUGCGUGCAAGGAAUGUGGAAAGACCUUUAGUGAAAAACAUCAUUUUACUGAACAUAACCGAAUCCACACUGGGGAGAAACCCUAUAAAUGUGCUGAGUGUGGAAGAUGUUUCACUGUGUCAAGUUCCCUCACUUCCCAUCAAAGGAUCCAUACUGGGAAAAAGUCAUACAUCUGCCCAGUGUGUGGAAAGGGUUUUACCCAGCACCAGUCCCUUUAUGAGCAUAGAAAAAUUCACUCAAGGGAAACACCAUUUGAAUGUAAGGACUAUGAAAACAACUUCAACUACUCCGGUAACCUUGUUUCCCAUCCAAAGAAACCCACUGGUGAGAAUCCGUACAAAUGUAUAGAGUGUGGAAAGAGCUUCACAAGGAACGAUAAACUUACUGCCCAUGUAAGAAUUCAUACAGGGGAAAAACCAUAUAAAUGCAUGGAGUGUGGAAAGAGCUUUAUGAGUAACAACAUACUUAUUUCCCAUAAAAGGAUCCACACAAGAGAGAAACCAUACAAAUGCAUGGAAUGUGGAAAGAGCUACAGUCACUCCAAAAGCUUUAUAUCUCAUGAAAUUAUCCCCAAAGGGGAGAAACCAUAUAAAUGCAUGAUAUGUGGAAAGAGUUUUAACAGGUGCAGUAGCUUUGACUAUCAUAAAAAAAUCCACACUGGGGAGAAGCCGUAUCAGUGUAUGGAGUGUAGAAAAAGUUUCAUAAGGAAUGACACACUGAUUUCCCAUAAAAGAAUUCACACAGGGGAGAAGCCGUUUAAAUGCUUAGAAUGCGGAAAGAGCUACAGUCACUCCAGUAGCCUUAUUUCUCACAAAAUGAUCCACAAAAGGGAGAAGAAGUGGAAAGAGCUUCAGCCGAUGCAAUAGCCUU